AUGAUCCUUCCCCAGUUGUUCCUGGUUCUGCUUGCCUGCCUCGUACCCUUGGGCCUUGCGGUACCAACUCACAGCUUUAAACGCCCUGCUGUGGCGUCGGCGACGGCGGCUGAUGGCGAACCGGACUACUUUCGAUGUUCAGCCUCUCUGGUGGAGAGUAUCCCCGAAAAUCUAACCUAUAAUCGCGGUUCUCCCAGCCAUGCCUCCACCUACUUUGUCUGGAAUCUCAUGAUCAAUUUGGCCCGCAGUAAUAUCACAAUCGCUUCCUUUUACUGGUCUUUGCUGGCAGAUGACGUGGCCAACACCUCGGCAGCUACCGCCUUUGAGGGUGAGGACAUAUUACGUCGACUGGUUGAAAAGAGCUCCCAAGUCAACGUUUCAAUCAUUCAGAAUGGAAAGCAGAGCCCUAAUACGGACCUCGACAUGCUAAUGGCUGCAGGUGCCAAAGUCGAGUGGUUGGAUGUGCAACGACUGCUGGGUUCAGGAGUUCAGCACGCGAAACUCUGGUCCGUCGAUGGUAUUCAUGCCUACCUCGGCAGUGCCAACAUGGACUGGAGAUCUCUUACCCAGGUAUUUCUUUUGUAA